GAUGCUGUUCACCUUCCGUGCGCAGAAGUUCUACUCGCCGAGGAUACUGUGAAUGGCACUGCUAACACAUCGGAACUAUCCACACAGUUCACUCCGUACGUGUUUGUUCGAUUCCAGUUUUUUCGUCAUGGCACUCAAACAAGUCGUCUGGUAGCCGCUCCCCGAAUCGAUUCUACUCUGACCAAGACCACUCAUGGUAUGGUAAAGGAUAUAGAAGUCAGUCAGUCCGUUGAAGCUGAGUUGAUCAAACAAAACGGCAUUAUUGAUUCCAAAUGCACAUGGACCCCAGAAACCGUGACAGGCUCUUUUGUUAGACUGGUUGGUGCGAUACAUGCAGUGGUUAGCUGUAUUAUGCACUAUAAUCGAUUUUGA